UGCACCAGGAAAUCAAUAUUUCGAAGACCCUGUAAUCUUAUUUCGUCCCAUGGCUUGCAAGCAUCUUGACACGUCGCGAAAAGUCGCUGGGGUUACGUGUUUCCUGAUAUUUGUUUAAUAUUUACGCGCCCAUUUUUGCGCACGAUUUUUCUGUAAAUUAUGAUGUUUCCGGCGUUUUCUGUCAGCUGACCCUCGAUUGUCCACGGUUUCGAGUAGAGUGGUUAUCUGUACAAGCAAAAUUUCAAAUUGUGGUUCGAAAAAUGAUAAUAGACAUUUGCGUCUAUACUUUCCCCACGUGUGGACGUCUUCACUUAAAGUUCUAGAUAACGAGAACUUUUAAAUGAUAAGAAAUAAUUCUUUUGAGUAUGGUUCCAUUUUUGUUUUUUAGAACCUUUGCAAUAGGUGCUCGCAAUAUGCUUCAGAAAGGUCCUAGGCCAUUAGUCUUAUGCGGCCCAUCUGGAAGUGGGAAGAGUACAUUGAUAAAACGUCUAUUCGAAGAAUUCCCAGAUAAAUUUGGAUUCUCUGUUUCUCAUACAACAAGAACACCUAGGCCUGGUGAGGAGGAUGGGAAGCAUUAUUAUUUCACAACUAAGGAGAAAAUGCAGAAACAGAUGGAGCAGGGUGAAUUCCUUGAAACUGCUACCUUCAGUGGAAAUUUAUAUGGCACUAGUAAAUCCGCUGUGGAAGAUGUACAGCGAGCGGGUAAAGUGUGCGUGCUAGAUAUUGAAAUGCAAGGUGUAAAACAGAUCAAGCAAAGUUCUCUUGAUCCCUUGUAUAUAUUUAUUAAGCCACCAUCCGUAGAUGAAUUAGAGAAAAGAUUGAGGGAUAGACAAACUGAAACAGAGGACUCCUUGCAGCGUAGAUUAUCUAUUGCUAGAACAGAAAUGGAAUAUGGUGAAAGCCCUGGUAAUUUUGAUAUAGUAAUCGAAAAUGAUAAUUUGUCUAAGGCAUAUGACAAGUUACGAGACUUUAUACUCUCGAACUUGGAACAACAACGUAAAACAGAAUGCUAAACCGAUGCUUCCCAAGGAUGUAUAUUUACUGGAUAUCAUAGUAUAAUUAUUUUUAUAUAUCAUUACGUGAUUUAUAGAUAAUAGGCAAACAUGUGUCGAAUUACUAGACUAAAGAA